AUGGAUUCACGAGGCCAUGCCGCACCGACGCGUGUGCUUGUGACUGGGGGAUCCGGGCUCCUGGGCAAAGCCAUUGAACAUGUGGUGCACGAGGAAGGUGGGCGACUUGAGGGAGAAGAGUGGAUCUUCAUCUCCUCUAAGGAAGCAAAUCUGCUGGAUAUUGAGCAAACCAGGGCUGCCUUUGAGAAAUAUCAUCCCACUCACAUCAUUCACCUCGCUGCUAAAGUGGGAGGAUUGUACCAACACAUGAGGGAGAACCUGCAAUUUUUGAGGGAUAACCUCAAGAUCAAUGACAACGUGUUGCAGACGGCCCAUGAAAUGGGUGCCACCAAGGUAGUCUCCUGUCUGUCUAGCUGCAUCUUCCCCGACAAAACCACUUACCCCAUCGAUGAGACCAUGAUACACAACGGGCCACCGCAUGACUCCAACUUCGGUUACUCGUACGCUAAACGGAUGAUUGAUGUCCAGAACAGAGCAUACUUUGGGCAGCAUGGACGCUGCUACACAGCAGUCAUCCCAACCAAUGUGUUUGGUCCCUACGACAACUUCAACAUAGACAACGGCCAUGUGCUGUCAGCACUCAUGCACAAGACUCUCACUGCCAAACGAGAUGGAACUACUUUGACUGUGUGUGGCAGCGGUACCUCCCAAAGACAGUUCAUCUAUUCUCUGGACUUGGGUCGUCUUAUUCUUUGGGUCCUACGAGAAUACAGUGAGAUUGACCCCAUCAUCCUGUCUGUGGGGGAGGAGGAGGAGGUCACGAUCAAAGAUGCUCUGGAAAUGAUAACACAAUCAAUGGACUUCAAAGGCCCAAUACGUUUUGAUACCGCCAUGUCUGAUGGCCAGUUAAAAAAGACGGCCAGCAAUGCCAAGCUAAGACGCUACCUCCCAGACUUCACCUUUACGCCCCUCAGAGAAGCCAUCAAAACGACCUGUGACUGGUUGGUGGCUAACUAUGACAGCGCCCGCACAUGA